AUUUCAUACUAAACCUAAGAUCGUCGGAAAAUCCCACCAUCAUCGGCGAUAGCCGGAGUUCUCACCAAGAGGUGAUGAUAGAAGAAAGUGAAAACGAAGAACAAGAAGAAGAAGAAUCAACAGUUCUCCAUUGCAGGUUUUCUUUCAUCUCGAUUUGUACGCAGAUCUCAAAGCUAUACUAGGUUUCACCGUUCUUCAUGGAGCAAGAGAAAAGUGGCGCCGUCGAAUCCUCUAGGAUGUCAACGUCUUUCGUUUCCGUCGCCGGUAGGCAUAGAUUCUCCGUUGAGCUUAGGCCUGGCGAGACUACAAUUGUUUCUUGGAAGAAGCUUUUGAAGGACGUUAGCAAGGCUGAUAGACGUUCCUCUGUUACUGAUGUUCCGUUAAAUGCUCAUCCUACUCUCGAUUCUCACGUAGCUCCGGUUAAAAUUGAGGCACAACCUUCAGAUACUGGAGCUGAAGAUCCACCCCCUGCAAGCCGAUUUAGUGCUGUUAUUGAAAAAAUAGAGCGUUUAUACAUGGGUAAGGAUAGUAGUGAUGAUGAAGAUCACAAUGAUGUUGCUGAUGAUGAUCAGUAUGACACUGAAGAUUCUUUUAUAGAUGACGCAGAGCUGGAUGAGUAUUUUCAAGUUGAUAACUCAGCAAUAAAGCAUGAUGGUUUCUUUGUCAAUCGUGGGACCUUGGAACGAAUUGAAGCUCCCUUAUUGCCUCAAAAGCAACCCCAAAAGAGGAGGAGGAAGGAUUUGGGAAAUGAUGAUAUUGAUGCACCAAAUAAGCACGUAAAACUAAGAAAGAAGGCUUCUCGAAAGUUUGAUCCUAUGGUUGAGAAAAACUUUGGUCCAGCUCCUGUUGUGGCUCUCCCUUCCGUACACUACGAUGAUGUGAAAUUCCAAAAUCAGAUGAAUGCCUCUAUUAUAAUGCGCGAUAAGAAGAAAACGUCCGAAACUAGAAUCGUAUCAGAUUCAUCUCUUCCCUCUAAAUCAUUAAAUGACAAUGCUUCCUUGUCUGUGCCUGAGGAAAAGGAUAUUAAUAAGCAGAAGGUAGGAACACAGUCAUUGAAGCAUCAGAAGUCUUUUGAUAAAAUUUCUAAUGUGCAACCCAACAUUCAAUCCGGAAGAUCAGUCAAUGCUUCUGAUGAGUUAGAUCAAUCUACUCAUAGGAGGGAUAAUGGUGUGAUUCAUGAACGAGUGGUUGUUAAUGCUUCCCCAGGAAAGAGUCCCUUACAAACUGUGAAUGAUCAAGUUAUUCAGAGAAGGGAAGGUUCCAGCAUGAGGGCAAAAAGUACAGUACUUGAUAAAGCCAUAAGAGAGUUAGAAAAGUUGGUAGCAGAAUCUGCAAGACCAUCAGGUGUUGAAGUUCAGGAUGCUGAUACGUCGCCAGCUGUCAAGAGGAGGUUGCCCCGAGAAGUAAAAUUGAAGCUUGCCAAAGUUGCUAGGCUAGCGCAGGCGAGCCAUGGGAAAAUAUCAAAGGAGCUGGUCAAUCGUCUUAUGAGUAUUGUUGGUCACUUGGUUCAACUAAGGACAUUGAAGAGGAACUUAAACAUAAUGGUAAACAUGGGUUUGUCGGCCAAAAAGGAGAAAGAUGAUAGAUUUCAGCAGAUGAAGAAGGAAUUCCGUGAAAUGGUUGAUUCACGGGUCCCAAAUAUGAAGUCCAAGGUAAUUGAACAAAAAACUGGAUCAUCUAAUGAUUUUCGAGCAAUUGCGAAUGAAGAGAAAGUUAAAGAAAAUUAUAACAUGGAUGAUAUAUUGGAGGACAAGAUGUGCGACUUAUAUGAUCUAUAUGUUGAGGGUUUGGAUGAGGACGCAGGACCUUUGGUCAGAAAGCUGUAUGUUGAGCUUGCUAGGUUAUGGCCAGAUGGAUUCAUGGACAACCGUGGGAUAAAACAUGCUAUAUUUCGGGCAAAAGAUAGGAGGAAAAUUCUUUAUAAGAGGCAUAAGGAUCAUCAGGAGAAGAUUAGAAGGAAGAAAGUGCUGACUCCGAAAACCGAAGGCAAUGUUCAAUCUAUCGCUCAAACUCAACAUAAGCAUCAAGAUCAUGUCCCGACAUCAGUUGUCAGGCCUUUGACAGAUUCAACAACAGAUAUACCUAUCCUCCGGAUGGCUUCUUCUUCAAUUAGCGGCGGGGGGUUAGAUCACCGGCCAAGAAAAGACAAGGUAAAGGUAAAAGGAACGAACAAUCCAAACGAAACGAGGGUAGUGAAGAAGAGGAAGGUAGAAUUGGCAUUUGGGGAAACUAACAAUGAAUCUUCUUCUUCAUCUAAUCUAGAGAGACCAAAGUCAUCAUCAUCUCAUCAUAGCCAAAUUUCUCUUCACAAAUCUUCCAUUACAUCUUCUUCUUCUGCUCCUCCUCCUCCUCUCACAAACUUGGAAUAAGAAUGAAGCUGCUGUUACUGCUCUCACAUUAUAAGAAAAAGUAAACCUAGAAAGAAAGAAAGAAUGUUCUGCUGUGAGUGAAGAUUGUUCAACUUCUCAUGAUUACUGCUUUUUAUUCUAUGCUUCUUUUCAAAACUAUGUAUUUUUAGAUAGAUCCAUUUUGAACAAUCUAACUGAAAAAACAUGAAAAUGUGUGUUUUUGACAACAAAUUUUAUAAAUAUCGGGAUAUAAAUUAAGUUAUGAUUUUCAUGCUUU